UCUAGCUAAUAAAUUUGUUGCAAAAGCAAUAUCUGCCUGCAUGUUUUAUUUCUUUCUUUUUUUUUUUUUUUUUACAAUUUUUGUUAUUAUUAUUUUCCAUACCAAAUAUAUCCAAAUAUUCGGAGAUUUAAAACUGAGUCUAACAAAAAAGUGAUAUUUCUUCAUGUAUGUUUUUCCCCUCAAAAUGCAGUGAUGAGGCUAAUUUGAUCGAAAAAGUUGUUCAAGAAGUCCUGAAGAAAUUAGAUCUCACAACGAAGGAAUUGCACAUAGCAAAAUAUCCAGUUGGAGUUGACAAACAAGUUAUGAAUUUACUCUCACAUGUUAUGUCUGAUGGAAUUACUAUGGUAGGAUUAUAUGGAAUUGGAGGCAUGGGUAAGACAACCUUGGCCAAAGCAUUACACAAUAGAAUUGCUAAUGACUUUGAAGGUUGCUGUUUUUUGGCAAAUAUUAGAGAAGCUUCAAAGCAAUAUGAGGGCCUUGUUCGGCUACAGGAGAAGCUACUUUAUGAGAUUUUAAUGGAUGACUCGAUCAAAGUUAACAAUGUCCAUAGAGGAAUAAUCGUGUUAAGGGAUCGACUAUGCUCAAAAAAGAUUCUCCUUAUUCUUGAUGAUAUAGAUACGAGUGAACAAUUACAGGUUUUGGCAGGAGGACGUGAUUGGUUUGGAGUUGGGAGUAAGGUCAUUGCAACAACAAGAAACCAUCAUUUAUUGUCCAUACAUGGUUUUGAUAUACUGCAAAAAGUUGAAGGAUUGAAUGAUGACGAAGCUCUUGAGCUUUUUAGCUGGCAUGCCUUUAAGAAUAGACAUCCCUCAAGUGAUUAUUUAGACCUUUCAAAACGGGGUGCACAUUAUUGUAAAGGACUUCCCUUGGCUCUUGAAGUGUUAGGUUCAUUCCUUUAUUCGACCGAUCAUUCCAAGUUUAAACAAAUAUUGGAUGAAGAAUAUGAAAACUCCUACCUCGACAAAGAUAUUAAAGAUAUUCUUCAAAUAAGUUAUGAUGGACUUGAAGAUGAUGUAAAAGAAAUUUUCCUUUUGAUUUCUUGUUUAUUCGCACGACAAGAUAUAGAGAGGGUUAAAAGUAAGUUAAAGGCAUGCAGUUGUUUAGGAGUGGAAAAGGGAAUUACAAAGCUCAUGAAUCUAUCACUUCUUACUAUUAACCGAUCCAAUGAGAUUGAAAUGCAUGACUUAAUACAACAAAUGGGUCGCACAAUUGCUCUUUCGGACACUUCUAAAUCUCAAAAGAAAAAAAAAAUGUUGCUUGAUGCCGAUGCUUUGGACGUCUUAGAUGGUGAUAAGGUAGCAAGAGUAGUUAAAGCCAUAAAGAUGAAUUUUUGCCAACCUACAGAGCUUGAUAUUGAUUCAAGAGCUUUUAAAAAUGUGAAAAACCUGGUAUUGCUGGAUGUUAACAAUGUCACAUUUUCUAAAACUCUGGACUUUCUACCUAGUAGCUUAAGGUGGAUAAAUUGGUCUGGAUUUCCUUUUUUAUCUUUGCCUUCAAGCUUCUCAAUGGAGAACCUGAUUGAAUUGAAAUUGCCAUAUAGUUCCAUCAAACAUUUUGGGAAAGGAUUUAUGAAUUGUGAAUUGUUGAGGAAUAUUUAUCUUCGUGAGUGCAAGUUCUUGGAGGAAAUUCCUGAUUUAUCCGCUGCAAUAAACCUUGAAAAUUUGUCGCUUAAUGGAUGUAGAAGUUUAAUAAAGGUUCAUGAGUCAGUUGGAUCUGUUGGUAGGCUUGCUUCAUUGUGGCUUUCUGGGCAUGUUAAUGGCUUUAAGCAGUGCCCACCCUACCUCAAGUUGAAGUCCCUCAUACAUUUGUUCAUAGCAGACUGCAAUAACAUUGAAUCGUAUCCUCAUUAUAGUGAAGAAAUGAAGUCCUUAGAAUACUUACAUUUUAUAUCUAGUAAUAUAGGAAAGCUAUCUCCAACAAUUGGACAUCUUACUAGCCUCAAAGUUUUGCGGAUCUUUAAUUGCACAGAGCUCAUAACACUUCCAACUACAAUUUAUCAUUUAAGCAGUCUUACUUCUUUAUAUGCAUCUGAAGCUGAUCUUUCUACAUUUCCUUCUAUAUAUCCUUGUUCACCUUCCUUAUUACCCAACCUAAGAGUAUUAUACCUUACGAAAUGCAACCUUACAAAUUUGAGUUUCUUAGAAACCAUGGCUCAUGUAGCCCCUUCAUUGAGAGAGUUGGACUUGUCUGAAAACAAUUUUACUAGUCUACCCUCGUGUAUUGUUAAUUUUAAAUCAUUGAGGUCUCUUGUUACAUGGUGUU